AUGUGGUACUCGCGCACAACUGUUUUCUUCAUCGAAUCCCAAUCAGGAGCGAUCAUAGAUGCUAGCUGGACUGUACACGCUGCCGAUAACGAGGACACCCUCAACCUCUUCAACUACACAGGCUCCAUGGGAUUCGGCCAAACAUAUAUUCAAAAGCUCCUCGGGCACUGUGAGAGCAUUGACGUUGAAGAUAUCGCAGAGAGUGUCAGGGAACCUCUUAGAAAGGGCAUUUCGGAGGAAGGAAGACAAGUCGUGAUGGGAGGAGUCAUAGCGGGUUUAUCACUGCCCAUCGUUUAUUCUGAAUUCGGGGUUCUAUCCACCGACUCUGAUUAUGACUCCUAUACGUCACCCCCAUCCAACUCCAACUCCCUCACAUCACCCACACCAACGCCCCUCACGUCCGCACCUUCCCAAACGAUGCCCCUGGCCACACCUCCACCUCCACUAAUGACACCCAAAACAUACAACACCCUAUUCACCGCAUCCCCAAUCGCGUACGUCGAUAAUAUAACAGCGCCAGUACUGAUGUUGAUAGACAAAGAUGUCAUGAGGGUCGCUCCAGGGCAGGGGUUUGGUUUUAUCAUGCGACUAAGGGGAGGGGGGCGAGGAUGGGACCGCGGCUGGGACUGA